AAAACAGGACACAUUGACAGAAAACAGGCCACAACAACGAAAACUGGCACAACAACAGAAAACAGGACACAACAACAGAAAACAGGACACAACAGAAAACGGGACACAACAACAGAAAACUGGCCACAACAACAGAAAACAGGCCACAACAACAGAAAACAGGACACAACAACAGAAAACGGACACAACAACAGAAAACAGGACACAACAACGAAAACAGGACAAAACAACAGAAAACGGGACACAACAACAGAAAACAGGCCACAACAACAAAAAACAGGCCAUAACAACAGAAAACAGGACACAACAACAGAAAACAGGACACAACAAAAGAAAACAGGACACAACAACAGAAAACAGGACACAACAACAGAAAACAGGCCACAACAACAGAAACCGGCCACAACAACAGAAAACGGGCCACAACAACAGAAAACAGGCCACAACAACAGAAAACAAAGCCACAACAACAGAAAACAGGCCACAACAACAGAAAACAGGCCACAACAACGAAAACAGGCCACAACAACGAAAACAGGACACAAUGAUAGAAAACAGGGACAAUGUAAUUUCUGACCCCAUCUCUGGUAAUGAAGGAAAAUCCAACGUCUUUACUGAAAUAGUCACCCUGAGCCCCUGGACCACCCCACGACAGGGGAGUAUUGACCCAG